ACCCAAAUAGUUUCUUAGUUCUCUUCAUUUCCUUGUCAAAUAAACUAGGGACUGGGGGCAGUAAUAGUGUAGAGAGUGAAUAGAGUAAGCCUACAGCUACAGGUAGCCAAUGAAACUUGGGCGAGAGUUCAGCACAGCCCAAACCAUUUGAAUGCAUUGUGCAAAGUUUGACUAGCAAAGCAAAAAUAAAGGCUAAAAGCAAAAGAGGGGAACAACCCACCGCAUUCUGCUUACAAAAGAGAGGCAAGAGACUAAAGAGAUGACUCCCUUAAAUCAUCAAAGACCAUAACAAUAACAGAUUGUUACUUUAGAAGGGAAAAAGAAGAACUACCCAAAUCACAAAAACACAAGAAGAACUGCCAAUUUGCCGUGUAUAAAAACCUGCAUCCAUAUCAAUGUCUUUGUAGCUGUUAGCAUUGCAGAUACUAAAUCUGUAAUCUCGCUUUGAAAAAACACUCUACUUUAGGCAAUUCUCAUGAAUAAAACUUGGUUUGUUUCCUGGGUCCCCUACUGAGAAUAAAUUUCUCUUCAAGUACAAACCAUAAAGUGGAAAAAGGUUGGCAAAGUGGUCACAGGAUUCAGGGCGGGCCUUUCUUUUGAAAAAAAAAAAAGAUAAAGAAAAUGGCACAAAACCAGUAAGAAACUCACGUUCCUAUUUAACAGCCUAACUGUUCUCUAACUGCUAGAACCCUCCAUUAUCAUCAAAUUCAGUUUUUCUUAUCUUCCCCUUCUCCGCACGUUCUAAACCUUAACAAAUCAAAUAGUUCUCGACCCAGAAACUGAUUUCAGGAAUUUCUUCGGGUGAUCAAUGAUGAAGUGGGGAAGAAAGAAAUCUUCUUCAUCCUCAUACUCCUCUCGCCUUCCUUCACUUUCUCGUGUACUCCCCACUGCAUGGCUUUCCACAUUCAAGCGAAUGAGCAUCAAUUCUGAACCAAAACCUGCAAAAGACAGGCAGAAAGGGAUGAGCAAUGCUGUGCCAGGGCGUUCAUCAAAGUUUGCUGGUGGUGGAGCAAGAUUUUAUGGUGGGGAUGGCGAGGCAUUUUGGAGACUGUCAUUUGGAGAAGAUAGUGCUGAUGGCAAGACUAGUAAAAGUUUAUUGCGAUCAGCUUGGUAUGACUCAGAUGAUGAGCUUGAUUUUGCACCCUCAAGUUGUCAGAGCUGUGGAUCAAAUGCUACGAGGACAAAGGAAAAGGAAGAAACUCAGAAGUUCAGCAACAUGGCUUGCGAUGUAAAGAAGAUGAAAGAAUUUCGUAGGGAUACACAGAUUUUACCAGAUGUGAAUAUGUAUAAAGAAGAAAAGGCGACAGUAGUUAAGACACCAAGGAGCAGGACAAUAACCGAGAAAGACUUGAAGUUGAAGAAAACAAAUGAAAGAGCUAUGGAAGAAAAAAGGGUGAAAAGACAAAAUAAAUCAGGUGAAGCACAGCAGAAAUCAGCAAAAUCAGUAGGAAAGAACACCCUGGAUCCGGAACCUAUGAGAACAAUUCCAAUGACUGAAAGGGAGAAUCUGAAGUUAACAGAAAAGUUGAGUAAGGUGAAAGUGAAGAGUGACAAACAGAGGAAAUCUCUUUACAUGAGCGGAGAAUUACCAAGGAGAAGAAUGAAGCAAAACAACAAAGUCCGGGUUUUUUCUCCAAGAACGGCUUCCAGAGUUGAAAUCUGCAAAAUAAAAGCUCUUGAAGACAUGAAGAAGGCCAAAUUGAAGAUGAAGGCAGCAAAACAGAAGACAAUUAGCAGAAGAACUGGAUUAGAGAACUUUGCCAUGGUGAAAUGCUCAUUUGAUCCAGAGAAGGAUUUUAGAGAUUCAAUGGUCGAGAUGAUCAUGGAGAAAAGGAUCAGUCAACCAGAAGAACUAGAAGAACUCUUGGCUUGUUAUCUGACAUUGAAUUCCGAUGCAUACCAUGAUCUCAUCAUCAAAGUAUUUCAACAGGUAUGGCUCGACCUGGAUCAGGCCAGUUCUGACACUGACUUACGGAAUGAAAAAUGUUCCUGUGAGUAAUAACUUUCUAACUGAUGACUGUAAAUGGCUUUCUAGUUUCUACAGAUACACUCAUAACAUCAUGCUUCUAAUUUAAUCAAGUUCCAGUGUUAGCUUUAAA